AUGAUUGCUGCAUUGGAGGCCAUAGCCAUUGCUGCUAACUUGGUGAAUAGUUCUGAUGUGGAGAAUAACCUUGAUUCUGAGGUGAAUAGCUCUGAUGUGGAGAAUGACCACCAUUGUGGUUACUAUUCUUUGACUAACAUGCUCGAGAAAAUCUCUUAUGAGAUCAAGCUUGUGGCAUCCCCUGAUGGAGGAUCCAUCUUGAAGAGCACAAGCAAGUACCACACCAAAGGUGACCACGAGAUCAAGGAAGAGCAAAUUAAGGCUGGUAAAGAAAAGGAUGUGGGUCUUUUCAAGGCUGUUGAGGGCUACCUCUUGGCAAAUCCUGAUGGCUAUAACUAA